AGCCACGAAGAAGCUUAAUCUUCUACUAAAUCAAUGGCUACUUUACGUAUAGGUUCAGCUCUUAUUUACCAAAAUAUCCUCACCCACCAUAUUCGUCUUCGACGUCCUCACCGUUUCGUAUGCAAGUCCAUGACCAAAACGACGCCGGAUGCUACUUCUGCUGACCUCCGUCGACGCUCCGGCAACUAUCAACCUUCACCGUGGGACCAUUGUUAUCUCCUCUCCAUCGAGAAUAAAUAUGCGAGUGAAAAAGAAGUAAUAAAUAGAGAUGUGUUGAAGGAAAAAGUGAAGAUGAUGUUUGAUGUCGAGAAGAAGAGCCGUCUCGAGCAAUUAGAGCUCAUCGAUGAUCUGCAAAAACUUGGGGUUUCAUAUCAUUUUGAGCUAGAUAUAAAUGAUACUUUGACAGAUUUUCAUCUAAAAAAUGAAAGAAAUGUCUGGAAAUGUGACAAGGAAGAAGAUUUACAUGCAAUUUCACUCGAAUUUCGACUUCUUAGACAACAUGGUUUUGAUGUCUCAGAAAAUAUAUUUGAUGUGAUCAUAGACAAGAUAGAAAGUAAUACGUUCAAGAGCAACGGUAUAAAAGGUAUCAUUUAUUUGUACGAAGCGUCGUUUCUCUCCAAGAAAUCGGAUACUAAAUUGCAUAAAGUCAUCAGACCUUUUGCAACAGAACAAAUAAGAAAAUUUGUUGAGGAUGAAACUAACAACAUUGAGGAACGAGAGAAGGCGAUUCAUGCGUUAGAAAUGCCGUACCAUUGGAGAAUGAGAAGGCUAGAGACGAGAUGGUACAUAGAUGCAUACAAGAAAACACAAGACAUGAAUCUUGUCUUGGUCGAGUUCGCUAAAAUUGAUUUCAAUAUCGUACAAGCUGCUCAUCAAGAAGAUCUCAAAUACGUUUCAAGUUGGGAUGUAAAUCGUCUUGGUGAGCUUCCCGAGUACAUGAGGUUGUGUUUUCUUAUUUUGUACAAUGAAACCAAUGGCAUUGGAUGUGAUAUACUCAAAUAUAAAAAGAUUGACGUUAUCCCUUUGCUCAAGAAAUCGACUUUGUGUCAACACCCACAACACAUCGUCCGAUGCUCCGCCACCGUCCUUCGUCUAGCUAACGACCUUGGAACUUCGUCGAGUGAAUUGGCGAGAGGAGACGUUCUCAAAUCGGUCCAAUGUUACAUGCAUGAGACCGGAGCUUCAGAGAAAACGGCACGCGAUCACGUGCAGCAGAUGAUUAGUGACACGUGGGACGACAUGAACUACGAAACAAAAACGGCACGCAGUUCUUCGUUGCUUUCUCGAGGUUUUGUGGAAGCUGCAAUGAACUUGGCACGAAUGUCGCAAUGCAUGUAUCAAUAUGGCGAUGGUCAUGGAUGUCCCGACAAAGCCAAGACUGUUGAUCGUGUCCAAUCCUUACUCGUUGAUCCAAUCCCAUUAAAUUGAUUUAUAUACAAAAAUUAUUCAUACUUUUAUAGUAACACUAAAAUGAUGUACGUCGUCGGUCGUCCUUUCGCUGCAUUAUUCACCGUAGUCAGAAAAGAAAUUGAUUUAUAUGUU